CCACUCAGGUGUACUUAAAGUGAUGGUGUGUCGGUGCUGCUCUAGAAGUGGUCCAGGCCUUCGGGCAGGCUUUAUCCAGCCUGUAUUGAGACUGGAAGCUUUUCGCAUGUGUGUAAUCCCAUUAAGACCAGCCCUCAUCCCCGGGCGUUUUUGCUCUACUGUAACCUACCUUCUAGCGUCUCCACCGAUAAAGAAACGGCAGCUCUUCAUGUUGUUGGACUACUGUUGCAGGUGUUGCGGGUAUUGUGGGUAUACUCUGAAACGCUAUGGACCAACAUCAAUCAAAAUCAAGACCAACAUCAGUGAAACAUGGGUGGUCCUACAGAACUUGCUGAUGUGUAUGGUUUCCUUCUACGCCAUUUACUACAUUGUGGUCAGUGUCUGCAUUGGUGUUCUCCGGGUACACGAAGUUGACAGUCUAUUAGCACCCUUUGACUACAGAACACAACCAUCAUGGCAAAGUCCAAAAUACUUAGUGACAGUGAUCUCCAUGGAGGUGACUUAUGUUCUGGGAGGCCUGAUUUUUGCGUGGAUCGUGGAGGAGUGGGUGUGGGACUACGCCAUCACUGUCACCCUAAUACACAUUGGUCUGACGGUGGCAGUUAUGUCUGAUUUCCCGUCAACAGAACAUUAUUGGAUUGCCCUUGGUUCAGGAUUGGUGAUGAUGAUUUUUGGAGGCCAACUUCUAGCAUACAAGCUAUUCAGGAACAAUUUUGUUUAUCCGGAAGAGCUCCUAAAUUUCUAGCAAAAUAUUCAGCUUUUCUUCUACAAAAUGAUGUACAGUCCAUAAUAUUAUUUUAUAUUAAAAUUUUUUACUGCACAAUUUUGGUACUGCAAUGAUAGGUUUUUA